AGAUUGUAAAGAAAGAAAAAGUUUCAUUGAUGUCUAUACACUGUAUAUAAAUUUGAAUAUUUCGAAUUUAUUUUUAGAAAAUCAACAUUUUUCCUUGAAAUCAAAAGCUCAGAUUGUAAUAAGGAUUUUGAUAUAGUUGAUCAUGAAUAAUUAUCAUUUUGUAAUUUUUUAACUGAUCAAUAUUUUCUUAAUCUCGAUUUUUCAUUUAGAAAAAAAUACUGGUUUAUUUGUCAUCGUCAAAAUUAUGACAUUUCUCCUCACUGAUUUGAUGGUGUAAAGUGUAAGAUUUCUGUAGAAAUUGAAAAACUUAAGUGUAACGGACAAGAAAGUGGCUAUGCGGUAGUGAAAGAAUAGUGAAAGAUGACAGAAAACAACAGGAAAAAGUCAACUGGAUCAGUGACAAAUGACAAAACAGUGGAGGGAAGUGAUAAUUGUAGCAUUGAUGACCUUCGCUACGAGGCAAACAUCAGUGAAGCUGAAAACUACCUGAAAUUUCUACAGCUCACCCACCAUGAGGGAUCGCAGUCCGACGAGGACGUAUACGUAGACAACAAUGGAGAUCUCGAUGGUUAUAUUGAGGAUGAUAUUAUCGGAGAAAUGCCCCCAGCAGAGGAAGAUAUUGAUUCUGAUUAUGAUUUUGGCCUUUCAGAUCUCACAGAAGCAGAUGAACACAUGAUGUAUGACAACCUAGAGUCGCCCACGUUUGAGACAGUCGAGGGUGUUGAUGGAGCGUCCUCAGAGGAACCUCCAGUUUACCAGGAUCCUGCCGAGAGGGAGAGGGAUCUAGAAAAAUACAGAGAGGAACUCGCAAAAGUUGAGGGUGAAAUCACUACAUUAAGACAAGUUCUAGGAUCAAAGGUCAGAUAUGCCUCAGAGCUGAAGAGAAAAAUGGGAAUAACUCCUUUCCAGGAACUUAAACAAGACAUUCAUUAUGGCUUCAAAACCAUCAAAGAGUCUGAUACUGUUGUGAAGACAAAUGAAAAGCUGGGUAAUGUCAGGGACAGAAUAACUGCUACGAAUGCAUAUCAAAAGACUAAUGAAAAACUCGUUGAAAUGAAUGAUAAAAUCACUCAUUCUCAGGCAUAUCACAGAACAAAUGUUUACUUGGGUGAAAUGAAUGAUAAGAUCAGUAGCUCCUCGGCUUAUCAGAAGACUUCGUCUGCAGUGAAGACAGCAUCUGAGAAAACAAAUGCAGUUGUUUCGUCCUUUGGUGCUUCCGUCUCGAAAAAAUUAGGUGAUAUUAGGAAUUCAAACACGUUCAAGUCAAUGGAGGAAAAAGUUGGUGGUGCUUAUUCAAAUGUCAAGACCUCUCGAUCUAUAGGGAAUAUAAAAGGGCGUCUUGGCAUGGCCAAGGUAACUGGAAGUAAGUCCGAGGGCAGUUUUGAGGAUGCAUUACAAAGUGAAAAGGCCAAAGAAGAAGGUGCCAACGGAACCACAGUACCGGAGGCAAUGUCAUUACCGGAGGAAAAAAUCCCACUAUGAUUACAAGACAUCAGUCGUCUGAGUGAACAUAAGUUCACAAUGAGAAAUGUGCCGAUCAAAAGCUUGCAGUGUGAAAUCUGUGUCUAGUGAAAGCUUUCCAAGCAAAAUCUGCAUCUCUCAUAAGUUUGCAGUUAAGUGAAAUCUUGAUCACCAGGAAGCUUUUUACAUGACAAAGGUUUCUACAAAAAUAAAAACAAAAAAACUUUUGAUUCCAAAUCUGCAUUAGAUGAAAGCUUGCAAUUUAUAUUAAGUCAGCAUCAGUUGAAAUCUUGUAACUUAUGUAUAUAUGUAUAUGUGACAUUCAGGAGUUUCUGACCGAAAAAUGGAAAAAGUCCUAUCCAUAUGAAAUAAUACAGAGAAAAAUACUUCUGAUGGUAAGAGAAAAAAUAGUUAAAUUUCUGAUCUUUUGAGUUGCAUGUUAAUUGAUAAAUUAUUAUCUAUAUAUACUUUUGUUUCCCUUGUAUUUAUGUCUUUGUGUGAUAUACAUGUAUUUGUGAUUUAUGGGGUGAACAUCUCCUUUCAGAGGACAGAAUAUUUGUCUAUACAGUCCUUGGCUUAUUAAAUAUUUAUAUUUUACAAAUAUGAAUUUUAUACUAUGAAAUCUACAAGUUUGAACAGAUAAAUUAUCUCUUCAGAGUUAAUAGAAAACUAGCAAAUACAUUUAUAGGAAAACUCUAGCAUUCUUCUGUUCAAAAGCAUUUCAGUGAUGAAGCUAAAUAAAAUACAAGAAGAAUCCUAUAUUAAAGUAUAAAGAAUAUCCUGGGUUUUCAGAGAUAGGUAAAGGUAUGUAUAGACAUUGUCUAUUUACCACAGUUUUAAAUAUACUUAUGUUUCUUCAUCAAUAUAAGAUAUUAAUAUUUCUUAGUGCUACUGAGAAUUUUUAUGUGAGUCUGGCUUCUGCCCCCUGUCCUAUACAACCCCUUGUGUUUUAAUUUACAUUCGUAUACAAACAAUGAAAACUGAUGUAUUUUAUCUUUUGACUUUACAAGUGUUUCUUUGUUUAAUUAGAGAUAAGUUGUCUGUGAUUUGGUGUUGGAAUGUAUUUUGCAGAUGAGGGACCAAAAAAGUUUUUUUAAUUCUUAUGUCAAAAGAUUUGUUUAUUUGAUAUUGUAAACAUACUUAUUUUGCUGAACAAAUUUUAGCACAAAAAAAAAUGAAUUUCAGCAAACUGAAAAUAAAAUUUAGCACACAAAAAAUAAAUAUUGAAAGAUAAUGCCAGUGAUGAAUUGGUACCAAUAUAAAUAAAUUUUAUUUAGCAUAGUCAUGUUUUAUCGAAACUCUUUCAGCAUGAAAACACAAAUAUAAGAUUUCCACUUAAAUAAGAUUACCACUUAAAUAAGAUUACCACUAAAAUAUGUGUGUUUACAGUAUUAUUGGAACAGAUUCUUUUUAUAUGUAAAAGGAAUAUUUAUCCAUGUCAUUUACACAACACAAGUGGUUAAAGUAGAAACUCAAAAGCAAUCUGAUGUUAUCUAGAUAAUCUCUUCCUUGUGAAAUACCUUCAGAAAUUGAUGUAUAUUUGGAGAUUUAUUAUUGUACAUUACACAUUUUACCUGUCGAGAGUUAUCUCCCUUCAUUGUGUUAUAUAUUGUGCAAUUCAUUGAAUACAUUAAAUUAUUAUUAUCAAA